AUGAUGGAAGUUCAAGACCUGAAGCUUGUGCCAAUUUUACUCCUUUCCUCGGGUCCAGGAAGGCUCAACCCUCUGAACUUAUAUAUUUUAUUCCGACAGGAUGAAGUCGGAGCCCCCGGAAUAGUGGUGGGUGUUUCUGUGGAUGGAAAAGAAGUGUGGUCUGAAGGUCUGGGUUACGCUGAUGUAGAGAACCGUGUGCUUUGCAAGCCAGAAACCAUCUUCCGCAUUGCCAGCAUUAGCAAAUCGCUGACGAUGGUUGCUGUUUUAAAACUGUGGGAAGAAGGAAGGCUGGAUUUAGAUGCCCCAGUGCAGAACUAUGUUCCAGAAUUUCCUGAGAAAGAAUAUGAAGGUGAAAAGGUCACCAUUACGACCAGACUGCUGGCUUCUCAUUUAAGUGGGAUUCGCCACUAUGAGAAGGACGUUUCCAAAGUUAAGGAGGAAAAGGAAAAGGCAAACAAGUCUCGGAAAGCUGCAGACGAUGCCGCCAGAUCGACCCAGAAAGAGAAGGAAGACAAAGGCUCUGAAAGGAGCCCCCCAGCAAAAGGGGGGCCGGAAGAGGAAGGCGGCCGUGCCAAGAGCGGAAGGAAGAAAAAAGAGUUUGACCAGGAGGAAUAUUACCUGAAGGAAAAAUUUGAUAAUGUCAUAGACUCACUGAAUAUGUUUAAAAAUGACCCACUCUUCUUUAAACCAGGUAGUCAGUUUUUGUAUUCAACUCAUGGAUUUACUCUGCUGAGUGCUGUUGUGGAGAGAGCCUCGGGCCAGAAAUUCACAGACUACAUGCUGAAAAUAUUUCGUGACCUGGAUAUGAUGAUGACAGGACUGGAUGAAAAUGAGCCCCUGGUGUACAACAGAGCCAGAUACUACAUUCACAACAAAAAAGGCCGGCUUGUCAACGCACCCUACGUGGACAACUCCUACAAGUGGGCUGGGGGCGGCUUCCUCUCCACGGUGGGCGACCUCCUUAAAUUUGGGAACGCCAUGCUGUAUGGCUAUCAGCUUGGCCUGUGGGAAAAGCUUCCCCCUGGACUCCUCCCUGGCUACCUCAAGCCCAGCACCACAGCCAUGAUGUGGACGGCCGUCCCAAACACAGAGGCCUCCUGGGACAAGGAUGGGAAAUACGGGAUGGCGUGGCUUGUUGUGGAAAACAAGCAGGAGUGCGGCUUCUGCCGGCGCCAGCGACACUACACCUCCCACACCGGUGGAGCGGUGGGUGCCAGCAGUGUGCUGCUCAUUCUUCCUGAAGAAUUGGACUCUCAGGCUGCCAACGGGGUCUCUCUGGUCCCACCCCGUGGUGUGGUUGUCACGGUUAUUUGUAACAUGCAGUCUGUUUCCCUGAACACCACUGCCUUAAAGAUUGCGAUGGAAUUUGAAAAGGACAAGUUAGCACAACAUGAUAAUAGAGACCGCUUCCCGGACUAAGCAUGGUUCCGAAAGAAAGGGAGGAAGCGGUGUGUGCUGGACGGUAUUUACGCUUCUGAAAGGAUCCCUUUGCAAAGAAGGGUCCCCUCCUGUGCAGAGUGCACCACUGAGAACUUGCUGCUCGGAGAAGCAGCCGAAGGGGGUCAAAGGACAGCUUGGGACACAGAGGAAAGAAGUUCACCACACAGUUGCCCAAAGUGCCAACAUGGAUUGCUUUGCCAUCGGAGCAAACAUGGGUGCCCAUCUUAACCUUUUACUACUACUUUUUUAUUUCGAAUUGAGGAAAAGUUGAUAUCUGUAAAACAAAUAUCCCCUCUCAAAGCUGGAGGAUUGAGUCCUGACCCUUAUAGACAGAUCUGCAUGCUCUUUGCGUCCAACUGGUGUGUGAAUGGUGGUAGCCCAAACAGCUACGCUAGCAAAGUUACAUGGUGCUUCAGAAUCUGUAGCCUGCGUAAUUGGAUUGUGAACUGCCCAGAGAGGGUUUUUGGCACCAUGGGGCCGUAUAUAAAGCAAACACUUUUUUCCUUUGCUUUUUUCCCAACACAAGUGUGGACAAGCGAUCCUUGUGGACUCGGCGCGACUGUUGUACACUCUUUCAGAGAUGGUUUCAGUUGUUCUGUUUAUCCACAUUUCAGCCUCUCUUCACUUUCAAUACUUUGCUGCAAAUCUGAUUUUCAAAAGAUGCAUGUGUUUUAAAAGGCAACACGAUGUUUUAAGAUUUUCUUGACAGCUGGAAUUCCAUAUGCACUCACUUGGGAGUAAACCCUGUUGAAUAAACGGGACUUGCUUUCAAGCAAGUGUGCAUAGUUUCAGGCUAGAAGAGUCUAACCUUGCACUUUUUCUUGCAUUUAUCCACUUUCUACAAGUUCUGUUGAGGAAAUAUUUCUUCGUUCUUGCACUCUGCACCCAUCUGUGACAUCACUAAGGCAAACUUGCCCUUACUCUACUCCUCAGAGUAGGUGCUGUCAGUUCACCUACUUUUCUUUUGCUUCUCGCAUCCUGACUUUCGGUUGCUUUUUCCCCCCCUGAGUUGCUGAGGGAAGACAGAUCUCGCGCUUUGCUUGCCCUCAGUGAAAUUCCUGCUGUAGUUUUGUCUUUUCCCUACCUGACAAGGGGUGCUAAUA